AAGUCUAAAAUGACCAACGGAAGCUACAUUACUGAAUUCCUGCUCUUGGGUUUCUCUGAGGUUCGGGAGAUACAGCUCAUGCAGUUUGUGAUCUUUCUGCUGAUUUAUCUGGCAGCACUAAUUGGGAAUAUUCUUAUCAUCACAACUGUAGCCGCUGAUUCCAGUCUCGGUAACUCUAUGUACUUCUUCCUGGCAAAUUUGUCUGUCAUGGACCUUGGCUACAUCUCAGUAACUAUGCUCAAAGCCAUGGCUAACUGUUUAAUGAACAGCAGGUUGAUUUCUUACUCAGAAUGUAUUAUCCAGGUCUUCUUCCUCUUCUUCUUCAUGGCAUCAGACUACUUCCUCCUCACAGUCAUGGCCUACGACCGAUAUGUUGCCAUAUGUGACCCACUGCAUUAUGAAACAGUGGUCAACAAGGAAGCAGCUGUACAAAUGGCAGCCAUCACAUGGAUCAGUGGUCUUUUCUAUGCAACUGUCCACACCGGAGCCACCUUCGCAGUGCCUUUCUGCUCCAACAUCAUCAAUCAGUUCUUCUGUGAGAUCCCCCAACUGCUCAAGCUCUCCUGCAAUGAUCUGUAUCUUGUUGAAGUUGUGGCGCUUGGCUUGAGUGCAUGUUUAGGACUAGGUUGCUUUAGUUUUAUAGUGGUAUCUUACGUGGAAAUCUUCAAAACAGUGUUCAGGAUCCCCUCUGUGCAGGGUAGAGAGAAAGCCUUCUCUACAUGCAUCCCUCAUCUUACUGUGGUCUUCUUGUUUCUUUUCACUGGUACCUUUGCCAACCUAAAUCCAACAUCCAGCUCCGUGGUAGGUCUGAACCGGAUCAUUACUAUGGCUUAUUGUAUUCUCCCUCCAGUGAUGAAUCCCAUCAUUUAUAGCAUGAGGAACAAGGAGAUCAAAGCAGGGCUGUGGAAGCUCUAUUGCAAGUUCUGGAGAGAGCCCAUCAACCAAAAACAAAGCUCUCUAUCACUGCAGCAUCGAAUCCAAUCAGGACACAAAAAACCCUGA